CAAUUAAAUGUGCCACAUUUUUGUUUUGGCGCCCGAAAUGAAUGAACGUUUAUUUUUUUUUUGCAAUCAACAAAAAAUCAUUUUGAAACUUGUUUAUGAUCGGAAAACAGAAUGUCUUUUCUAUUUGAAAGUCCAGUGAAAACUGUUGAAGAACUUCCUUCGCUUAAAUAUUAUCCAAUAUUUGAUAAACGUUGGUCAAGUACAGUGAAAACUAUUGAAAAGAAAAAUGCCACCAAUUCAGGUGGUGGUAAAAUCAAACGACCAAGAUCGACGAGCAAAAUCAGUCGUAAACCAUAUGGACGAAAAAAACUAUUCGAUUCUAGCGAACAAUAUGUAUUGGAUUUUGGUCAGAAAAAUUUCGAUGCUAAACGCUGUCCAACCUGUAAUAUGCUCUAUACGGUGGGUGAGAUUAUCGAUGAGAAAACGCAUCAAGAAUAUCAUGACAUGUUUGUCAAUAGUCUAAAAUAUCGUGAUUGGAAAAAUGAAGAUGUUGUCAAUGCUUUUGAUGAUGGCAGAAUAUUGCGUGUGUUGCCUUCAUCCCCACAUUAUAUGCAUAAAAAACUGGAUGAACUGUUCAAAGUUGCCGACAUCGAAUUGGGUAUCAAUGUGGAUUUGAAAUCAUCAAUGAAAUCAACAUCUCAAUUUUUCAUUUUCAUUUCAUUGCCAUCUAAACGUAUUACAGGAUUCGUAUCUGCUGAACGUAUUAAAUAUGCUAAUAAAUUAUUGUCAGAAAAUCCAUUAAUGGCCAGUACCGAUGAAUAUCCUGCCGAAUGUGGUGUAUCACGAAUAUGGACACAUCCAAAUUUUCGACGUAAACAAAUCGCCACUCGUUUGUUAGAUACACUGAGAAAGUCAUUUUACAAUAACAAAAUUGUACCUUUAGAUCGAUUAGCAUUUUCCGAUCCAACGGUGAUUGGUAAAGAUUUUGCUAAAGCAUAUACCAAAAUGGAUCGAUUCUUAAUCUACCUAUAUCGACAUAUUGUUGAACAAGAUACUGAAUUGAUUGAUAAAAAUUAAUGUUCAUCAUUCCAUUUUUUCAUUGCCAACAUCAUCAUCAUCAUUUGAUGAUAAAAUAACUGUGUUCAAUUUUUUUUUAUAAUAAUAAUGAUGAUGAUUAUUAUAUGUUUUUAUGUUACAAAGUUCAAUACAAUAAUUUUGUACCUUUCAAGUUUGAUUGUUAGUUCAAAGCCAAGUUAUCAUGUAUAGAUCACAUGUACAUUAUAAAUGGAAAAAAAACGAAAGGAGUGAAUGUGAAUGUGAUAACGAUUACGUCAGUAAAAUUAAAAAAAAAAGAAAGAAAGAAAAACUAAUACAUUGGACUUUUGAUUCAUAUAAGAAUCACAUACCUAUCAUAUGUCAUCAUCAUUAAAACAAGUAUAUGAUAUUAUUACCUCAUCAAAUGUACAUAAUAAAAAUAAAACAAUUAUAAGUUGCCAUCAUCCACAAAUAAAUCGAUUUUUUAUUAUU